AGGAGGAAGUGCGUCAUUAGGACACGGACGUAUCUUGUGCGGUCUGGGUGGCUCCCGUUUCUGCCUAGAGGGAAGUUUAUCGGAUUUGAUGGAAGAAAUGUCAGGAGACAGUGUGGUGAGCUCUGUGGUGCCUGCAGCUACAACACGGACCACCUCCUUUAAGUGUGCAAGCACAUGUUCUAAAUAUGUCAAAUUAAAUGUUGGCGGUGCUCUGUACUACACAACUAUGCAGACCCUCACCAAGCAGGACACCAUGUUGAAAGCAAUGUUCAGCGGUAGAAUGGAAGUGCUGACUGACAGUGAGGGUUGGAUACUGAUUGAUCGCUGUGGUAAGCACUUCGGGACAAUAUUAAAUUAUUUGCGGGAUGGUGCUGUCCCCCUUCCAGAGACCCGCAGAGAGAUAGACGAGCUGCUGGCAGAGGCAAAAUAUUAUCUGGUGCAAGGUCUAGCAGAUGAAUGCCAGGCAUCUCUCCAGAAUAAAGAAGUUUAUGAGCCUUUCUGCAAAGUUCCUGUCAUUACUUCAUCGAAAGAGGAACAGAAACUCAUUGCUACAUCUAAUAAGCCAGCAGUCAAGUUACUCUACAACAGGAGCAACAACAAGUAUUCCUACACCAGUAACUCAGAUGAUAACAUGCUGAAAAACAUAGAGCUCUUUGACAAGUUGUCUUUGCGGUUUAACGGCCGAGUCUUAUUUAUAAAGGAUGUAAUUGGGGAUGAGAUUUGCUGCUGGUCUUUCUAUGGCCAAGCCCGCAAAAUCGCAGAAGUGUGCUGUACGUCCAUUGUGUAUGCUACAGAGAAAAAACAAACAAAAGUUGAGUUUCCUGAGGCUCGAAUCUAUGAAGAGACUCUUAACAUUCUACUGUAUGAGGCUCAGGAUGGUCGAGGACCAGAUAAUGCUCUUUUGGAAGCCACAGGAGGUGCAGCUGGACGUUCCCAUCACUUGGAAGAGGAUGAUGAGCGGGAUCGCAUAGAACGAGUUAGAAGAAUCCACAUAAAAAGACCAGAUGACAGAGCUCAUCUCCACCAAUAAGACUCUGCUCUGUUCAUUGUCAUUUCUCCGUCCAGACCACAAAUCUACCUCCUCUCAUUCAGCUGUGCCGUGUGAGAAGGCGAGGCGUAACUGUUGAGGUGGUUAUUUGUUAUACAUGCUUGGGGUUCAUUUUCUAGAUUGUCCCCUUGCGUUCCAUGAUUAAGGGACACAGGCCUAGGUUAAUGCAUUUUUAUCGUCUGCAUAUGCAUUUAACUUACCCCAAACGGCGAUCGGUAUAUGUACGCAUUUCUGGCCAAUAACUGAUAUGGACAAUCUGGUAUGGUGCAGGAGUCACAAGGCAGAGUCCAAGUUGAGGAAUACUAUGGCCUUAGCAAUGCAUUAUGAUUUUGUUAUUCUGAAAUAUGUUAAAUGUAUACUGUAUUAUAGCAGUGCACCUGACCAGUAAGUAUAUUAGUAAAGUUUUUGUACAGACAUGGAGAUAAAUUAACCCCUUUCCCGUCCAGUGUGACCAGCAACUCAAGCGGAUUAAACAUUAUCAUUAACAUUAUCGGUAGAAACGUACAAGACCCCAGACCUUACGAACUGAAUCGUUUCAAUUCUGUGCCUUAUAUGGCUUAUGUUGAAUACAUCAACAUCCAAAUUUAUAUUUGUGAAUAAACUUUGUCACAAAGAUAAACUACGCACUUUUUAUUUAACGGAGUUGGUCUAUAUGUUAGGGCUAGAAAUUAAUUCCCCAUGUUUUAACACGUUUUAGUCCUUUAUUUGUAUUCAAACAUAAUUUAUAUUG